AUGGCACCCGAGAGGAAAAUCACCCUUCGCAAUAGGGCCAAAUCGAUCGCCAAAGGUGACGCAUUGGUCGCCGUGCGCUACGAGGAUUCCGUUGCUGCAAAGGCCCCCCUACCAGUUAUUGUCGCACCCCCUCGUGCGCCACCAGCAGACACACAUCCCGCCUUGCGCACACCCCACGACGAGAAGAAGAGGGACUCAGGCCUUGCGCCAACCACAACGUCUUCGUCUACCGCAAGAGAAGGGUCGCUGAAGGUUGUAUCGACCGAGAAGAAUGUGCUGGGCGUCGCCAUAAACUUUGAUUCACCCCCACCUCCUCCAACUGCUCCUUUAGAGCCGGCGCAAACAUAUUCACCAUCGAAAAACCUCGCGAAUACCAAGAUUGUGAAGAAGAGCUACAGCAUGUCUGGCGCUCGGUGGAGGAGACCUACUUCCAAAGGGUCGAGAAAAAGCGGUGCGCCGCCAAAGACCCCGACUUCUGCUGGGAAAGACACCGAGGAACAGUAUUCACCCAUUACGACGACUAUACCGACUGAUAGUCUGCUUGAGGCGGACUUCCUCGCGUCCAUCUCCUUUUCGAAACGUGGGAGUAUUCUGCUAGGUGGGAAGAAGGGUAUCAAUGGUCAUGCGAGACCACAGGGAGGCAGAAGACAACCAAGUUUCUCGAUGUUAGCUUCGCCAGCUAUCAAUGUCCUAUCCGAUGAUCUGGAGAAGGAGUCUCAGAAAGUUCGAUCAAUGUAUGAACAAGGGUCGAGUCUCGAUUGGCAGGAGGGGAAAUAUUCAGGAAAUGCAGAGUUGAAUAUAGAGGAAGAGAACCCGUUGGAGGAGGCGCUCCCAACCAAUACUUCCAAUGGACUUCUAAGUCCUAAUAUUAAUGAUAAUUUCGAGCGGCCAGUGAGUGUAUUAUCUACCAGAAGCAGAAACAGCGAAAAGAAGGAGCACGAGCUGGCUGGAGGGAUAGAGGACUGGGAAGAUGUCGAUGGGAAUUGCGUGGAUCGAUAUGGCUUCAUCAAAAUGCGCCGAAAUUCCAGGCCCGGGACGCCAGAACCAAGACCACCUCAGAGAGUCUCUACAGUACUACAGUUAGCCUCAGACACCCCUCGGAAAAAGAGAGCUUUCGGUCGCUCCCCUUCAAAUUCGGCAUCAUUCAAUGCCGCCUUUAAACGAGCCCCCAGCAGGAAGGUAUCUGCUCGAUCUCUAAAUACCCAAGUCUCCUCUACUUCAGCGAGGAGUAGUUCCAGGGCGCAGCUCCGAGCCGCUGCCAAUUUAUUGCCGGGCAAUCGGGACAGACGGUGGAGGGAUGAAGCAGGUGACAUGCUCACAUUACCUCCCGGGUUAGCGGAUAUCGCCGAAGAUGAAGACGGGGGGAAAGCUGCCGAAGACUUGAAGAAGAAAGAGUGGGAACGUGCCGAAAAAUGGAGAAAGAUGGCUAAAAUUGUGAAAACGGGCAAAGAUGGAGAAGGGAUGGAAUUCGAAUUCGAUACCCGGAGUUCAAAAUUGAUAGAGCGCACGUGGAAAGGGAUACCCGACCGGUGGCGAGCUGCGGCUUGGCAUUCGUUCCUAAGCAGCUCAGCGAAGAAGAGAAAAGAUAGUGCGACUGAUGAAGCGAUCAUCGGAGCCUUCCAUAAGUUAUUGCAGCAAGGUUCGGCAGACGAUGUUCAGAUCGAUAUCGACGUUCCCAGGACAAUCAACAGCCACAUCAUGUUCAGACGGCGGUACCGGGGAGGGCAAAGACUAUUAUUUCGGGUACUUCACUCCUUGACUUUAUACUUUCCCGAUACAGGCUACGUGCAAGGGAUGGCAUCUUUGGCUGCCACUCUUCUGUGCUACUACGACGAAGAGCGGUGCUUCGUAAUGCUAGUGCGGAUGUGGACCCUACGAGGUCUGGACAAACUCUAUGAAGCCGGCUUCUCGGGCCUAAUGUCCGCCCUCGACGAGUUGGAAAAACAAUGGUUCAAGGGCGGCGAAGUGUCCCAAAAGCUCACCGAACUUUGUAUUGAACCCACUGCUUACGGAACACGUUGGUACCUCACUCUCUUCAACUAUUCCAUUCCCUUCCCCGCCCAGCUCCGCGUCUGGGACGUGUUUAUGCUACUGGGUGACUCGGACCUCAAUUCAACACCUACCAAAGAAGAGCCGUUCAAUGGCGGCCUAGAUGUACUGCACGCAACAAGCGCAGCGCUAAUUGACGGUAUGAGGGAGAUUUUGAUGGACAGCGACUUUGAAAACGCCAUGAAGGUGCUCACAAGUUGGAUUCCUGUGAAAGACGAGGAGUUAUUGAUGCGCGUCACGAAAGCAGAGUGGAAAUUGCAUCGGGCGAAACGGAGGAGUUAA